GGAGUGCACUAUCACUUGCAGUUGGAAGCAGGUGUGUUGCAGUAAGAGGCACGCGCUUGGAGGAACUGCCCUGGCUUUUAUCCUCCCCAGAAGUUUGCACAGUCUUUUAGCUCUUCGUGGUCACCAUGAUCCUGGUGCUACCAGCUGGGUUUCAGGGCCCUGGGAAGUAAAGAGCGAGUGACUGAGCAAGAGGAAUUGUUUUUCUGUGCCAUAAAUCAUGGUAAUGGGUCAUCUAUGACUGGCCCAGACUGCUGAAGAUACUGCAGCAUCCUUGGGAUGAAUUUUGGACCCUUCUAGUUACUCUGGUAGCUUUUGCAGCAGUGGAGCCUGAGGAGCUCUCACAACUAAUCACAAACAGUGCUGAGAAGGGAAAACUGGGCUCAGAGAGUGGAUUGCUUUGUAUUACUACCUAAGCUAACUGGAACCAGCUGGCCAACUCUUUUUCCAUGUUGGAUUUGGCUGCCAGACACGGUGCUGUGCAGGACACCUGACCGUUCAUGCCCGCGCCUUCUUCUGUGCAUGGAGGAUGCCAGAAAAGAGCAAUGGCUUGAGGACGUCCCCUGCCAAACUGACUCUGAAAUCACUCACUGCCAAUAAAGAGCGGCAUAAUCUGAGGAGAAAAUCAUCACCUGACGAUGACACUUCUUCAGAGCUGCAGCGGAUUGCUGCCUUGGAUGAAGCAGGCCGGCAAUCGUGCACUGCCCCUCAUGGGAAAAAGGGCCUUGGCAGGAUAGCCCGGUUGGUGUUGGUGCUCAGGGAAUGGGCCAACAAAGGCUGGCGAGAAGAACAGGAGCGCCCGGAUUCUUUCCUUGAACGAUUCCGUGGGCCAGAUGUGCAGAACUGGACGGUAUCUGCUAGCAGUAAAGAUACCCAGGAUAAAGAGGGCGGCAAAAAGAAGAAGAAGAAGAAAUGGGAGAUCUUUGUCUUAGAUCCUUCUGGGGACUGGUACUAUCGCUGGCUGAUGGUCAUCGCACUGCCUGUUCUGUAUAACUGGUGCAUGCUGGUAGCACGAGCCUGUUUUACUGAGCUCCACAAGCGGUACUUGAUCCUAUGGCUGGUUCUGGACUAUGUCUCUGAUGGCAUCUAUCUCAUGGACAUUAUUGUCCGGCUGCGCACAGGUUUCCUUGAACAGGGCUUACUCGUCAGAGACCCCAAGAAGCUGGGUGAUAAAUAUGUUGCCACCUUACAAUUCAAGCUUGAUAUCAUCUCCGUUUUACCCACUGAUUUUGCAUACUUUGCCACAGGCUUACACCGGCCUGAGGUACGCUUCAAUAGGCUGCUACACUUCUCCCGCAUGUUUGAGUUUUUUGACCGGACUGAGACAAGGACCAGCUACCCAAACAUCUUUAGGAUCAGCAAUCUCGUGUUGUACAUCUUGGUCAUCAUCCACUGGAAUGCCUGCAUUUAUUAUGCUAUUUCUAAGUCCAUUGGCUUUGGAGAAGACACCUGGGUUUAUCCAAAUAUAUCGGAUCCAGAGUAUGGGUAUCUGACAAGGGAGUACAUCUAUUGUCUCUAUUGGUCUACCCUGACUUUGACAACCAUUGGAGAGACUCCUCCUCCUGUGCGUGAUGAAGAGUACCUGUUUGUCAUCUUUGACUUCCUGAUUGGUGUCCUCAUCUUUGCUACAAUUGUGGGAAAUGUGGGAUCCAUGAUCUCCAACAUGAAUGCCACCCGAGCAGAGUUCCAGGCCAAAAUUGAUGCUGUCAAGCACUAUAUGCAGUUCCGCAAAGUGAGCAAGGAUAUGGAGGCCAAGGUCAUUCGGUGGUUUGACUAUCUCUGGACCAAUAAGAAAACUGUGGAUGAAUGGGAAGUACUCAAGAACCUGCCUGACAAACUGCGAGCAGAGAUAGCCAUCAAUGUCCACCUGGAGACUCUGAAGAAAGUGAGGAUAUUCCAGGACUGUGAGGCUGGGCUCUUGGUGGAACUGGUGCUCAAGCUCCGCCCUCAGGUUUUCAGCCCAGGUGAUUAUAUUUGCCGGAAAGGGGACAUUGGUAAGGAGAUGUAUAUCAUCAAAGAAGGGAAGCUAGCUGUAGUGGCUGAUGAUGGUUUGACUCAAUACGCUUUGCUAACUGCAGGGUGCUGCUUUGGUGAGAUCAGCAUCCUCAACAUCAGAGGGAGCAAAAUGGGGAACAGGCGGACAGCAAACAUACGCAGCCUUGGUUACUCUGACCUCUUCUGCCUGUCAAAGGAGGACCUCAUGGAAUCAGUGACUGAGUACCCCGAUGCCAAGAGAGUCCUGGAGGAACGUGGCCGUGAGAUUCUGACCAAAGAAGGGCUACUGGAUGAAGAAGCAGCUGCUGAAAAUAUGGAAGGGGAUGUUGGGCAGAAGCUGGACAGGCUGGAGACAAGCCUGGAGACACUGCACACCCGCUUCUCCCGGCUCCUGGCUGACUAUGACACUGCCCAGAUGAAGCUCAAACAGCGCAUAACCUACUUGGAGAACAAGCUGAAGCAAUACAACAAGGAUGAAUUUUUCUCUGAUGCCUCUGACAAGGAGGAUGAAGUGAAAGCCAAACCAUGAUGCUUCCACACUGGCAGGUUUUGCUCCAGAAAACAGCAGCUGCACACACACACGCUAACUUGAAGGAGAUCUUAUCUCCAGAUUGCUCCUCCAGAUAUGGCUACCUCCAAGGCCAUUCCCAGUGGGGUGUUCCUGAUUGCUCUCCAUUAGUUGACUGGUCUUCUUUCUUUUAAGACUUUUUGUCCUCCCUAUAUGUAUUCCUCCCCAUCCCCUCCAAAGAUAUUCCAGAUGGAGUCUACCAGAAGGAUGUUCAUUUGGCACACUCCCACUGAAUUAGCAGCUAGCCUUCCAAGAUGGACUCAGCCAAGCACUGCAAGUUCAUUCAUUUUUGACAUCUGCUUAUGUAACAUAACUGUUCCCCUUUGCAAUGCAUAAUUCAAUAUGUUAAUGCCAAAACAGGAGAGAAAAGUCCUAAGCC